GUGCAUGUAUAUAGAAUGCCUCCAGGCCGUCGAACUAAAGAGAGGGAUACGGCCUUAGCCAGAGAGCAACUAACUAGCCAUGCCCGGCCUUCUCUUCUUCCUCUUCAUCUUUUCCUUCUCCAUCGUCUCUGCCUCCACCAAGCAAGGCCAGGUUUAUAUAGUGAAUCUAGGCGAGCACGCCGGAGCGAGGGCGAAGGAAGCUAUCCUAGAAGAUCACCACGCCCUCCUCCUCUCCGUCAAGGGCAGCGAGGAGGAGGCACGGGCGUCGCUACUGUACAGCUACAAGCACACCCUGAAUGGCUUCGCGUCUCUUCUCUCUGGAGAAGAAGCCACCAAACUAUCAGAGAGGACAGAGGUUGUGUCUACCUUUCGGAGCGACGGGAGAUGGUCCCCGCACACCACGAGGUCUUGGGAGUUUGUGGGUUUUGAGGAAGGGCUCAGAGGCCUGCACAGCAAGGAGCGGCUGCCGUCCGGCGAUAACACCAGCGAGAAUGUCAUCGUAGGCAUGCUGGACUCCGGGAUUUGGCCGGAGUCGAAGAGCUUCGGCGACGAAGGGCUAGGGCCAGUGCCUGCUCGGUGGAAGGGAGUGUGCCAAGGAGGAGAUUCCUUUAAUUCAUCGUCUUGCAAUAGGAAGAUCAUCGGCGCGCGUUACUACCUCAAGGCCUACGAGGCCUACCACGGCAGCUUGAACACGACCUACGCGUUCCGCUCGCCGCGCGACCACGACGGCCAUGGCACCCACACCGCGUCCACCGUCGCCGGCCGCACCGUGCCAGGCGUGUCUGCUCUGGGCGGGUUCGCGUCCGGCACGGCCACGGGGGGCGCGCCGCUGGCGCGGCUGGCCAUCUACAAGGUGUGCUGGCCCAUCCCGGGGCCGAACCCAAACAUCGAGAACACCUGCUUCGACGCCGAUAUGCUGGCGGCCAUGGACGACGCGGUCGGCGACGGCGUCGACGUGAUGAGCGUCUCCAUCGGGGCCUCCGGGAAGCCGCCGCCGUUCGCGAACGACGGCAUCGCCCUAGGCGCGCUGCACGCCGCCAGGCGCGGCGUGGUGGUCGUGUGCAGCGGCGGGAACUCCGGCCCCGCGCCGGCCACCGUGGUCAACCUGGCGCCGUGGAUCCUCACGGUCGGCGCCAGCAGCAUCGACCGCUCGUUCAACUCGCCGAUCAGGCUUGGCGAUGGAAGGGUGAUCAUGGGUCAGACGGUGACACCGUAUCAACUGCCGGGCAACAAGACGUAUCCGAUGGUUUAUGCAGCUCACGCCGCUGUUCCAGGCACUCCCGCCAACGUUACCAACCAGUGCCUGCCAAACUCGCUGUCGCCGGCCAAGGUGCGAGGGAAGAUCGUGGUGUGCCUGAGGGGGAGCGGCCUGAGGGUGGGCAAAGGACUAGAGGUGAAGCGGGCGGGCGGCGCGGCGAUGGUGCUCGGCAACCCGCCCAUGUACGGGAGCGAGGUCCCCGUCGACGCGCACGUGCUCCCGGGCACGGCGGUCUCCAAUGCCAACGUCGACACCAUCCUCAAGUACAUCAACUCAAGCGCGAGCCCUACCGCCUACCUGGACCGCUCGAGGACGGUCGUGGACGUGAGGCCGUCGCCGGUAAUGGCGCAGUUCUCGUCGCGUGGCCCCAACGUCGUCGAGCCCAGCAUUCUCAAGCCUGACGUUACGGCCCCGGGCCUGAACAUCCUGGCGGCGUGGAGCGAGGCGUCGUCGCCCACGAAGCUCGACGGCGACGACCGCGUGGUGAAGUACAACAUCGUCUCCGGGACGUCCAUGUCGUGCCCGCACGUCGCCGCCACCGCCGUCCUCCUCAAGGCCGCCCACCCCGACUGGAGCGCCGCCGCGAUUCGAUCGGCCAUCAUGACCACCGGUACUGCGGCAAAGCCUAAUAAACGAAAAGAAAAGGAAAAACUUCUGCUCAUCAUCAUAUCCGUGUUUUUUUUCUGCCCUCAUGAACAUCCGUGUUUUUUUGCAGCGACAACCAGCAACGCGGAGGGCGGCCCAAUAAUGAACGGGGACGGGACGGCGGCCGGGCACAUGGACUACGGCUCGGGCCACAUCCGGCCCAGGCACGCGCUGGACCCGGGCCUGGUGUACGACGCGUCGUUCCAGGACUACCUCCUCUUCGCCUGCGCCAGCGGCGGCGGCGCGCAGGCGCAGCUGGACCGCUCCUUCCCGUGCCCGGCGAGCCCGCCGCGCCCGCACGAGCUCAACCACCCUUCACUGGCCGUCCACGGCCUCAACGGAUCAAGAAUCACCGUUCGCCGGACGGUGACCAACGUCGGCCAGCACGGCGCGCGCUACAGCGUCGCCGUGGUCGAGCCCGCGGGCGUCUCCGUGAAGGUCUCGCCGACGAGCCUCAGCUUCGAGCGUACGGGGGAGAAGAAGGAAUUCACGAUAACGGUCGAAGAGAAAGGGGCAAAAGUAGACCGGAAGUAUCUUGCAGGUUCGUAUACGUGGACCGACGGCGUCCAUGCUGUAAGCAGCCCCAUUGUUGUCCUUCUCCCGUGAUCAUUCUUACUGCCAAACGCUGUUGUCUGCAAAAUUCAGAUGAUAGUAGGAAGCUGAUGAUCUCAGCGCACCUUUGAGCAGAGAAUUGUUUGAAAAGUA